AUGGAGUACACAGCCUCUCCGAAGCCCCAGCUCUCUUCACGGGCAAACGCGUUCUCCAUCGCCGCCCUAAUGUCCAGUGGGAAAUCUAAGGACAAGGAAGAAGAGGAAAACACAAUCAAGCCACUGGAACAAUUUGUGGAGAAAUCAUCUUGUAACCAGAGCUUGGGUGAGCUGCCGUCCCUGGACUCCCACGGCGAGUUCAGCAGCCCGGCUCCAGCCGUGUGCACCGAGCCGCUGAUUCCCACCACGCCGGGAGUGCCGAGCGAAGAGAUGGCCAAGAUAUCCUGCAGCCUGGAAACCAAGGAACUCUGGGACAAAUUUCACGAGCUCGGAACGGAAAUGAUCAUCACCAAGUCGGGACGAAGAAUGUUUCCAACCAUCCGCGUGUCGUUCUCUGGGGUUGACCCCGACGCCAAAUACAUCGUCCUGAUGGACAUAGUGCCAGUGGACAACAAAAGGUACCGUUAUGCCUACCACCGGUCGUCGUGGCUCGUGGCAGGGAAAGCGGAUCCACCCUUGCCCGCAAGGUUAUACGUCCACCCAGACUCGCCUUUCACUGGGGAGCAGUUGCUAAAACAGAUGGUGUCCUUCGAGAAAGUCAAACUCACCAAUAACGAGCUGGACCAACAUGGACAUAUCAUUCUGAACUCCAUGCAUAAGUACCAGCCGCGCGUACACAUCAUCAAGAAGAAGGAGCACACAGCCUCCCUGCUCAACCUCAAGUCCGAGGAGUUCCGCACCUUCGUCUUCACCGAGACGGUCUUCACGGCAGUCACCGCCUACCAAAACCAACUGAUAACCAAGCUGAAGAUUGACAGCAACCCAUUUGCCAAAGGCUUCCGCGACUCCUCCAGACUCACGGACAUCGAGAGGGAAAGUGUUGAGAAUUUGAUCCAUAAGCACUCAUACGCCCGGUCGCCCAUCAGGACAUACACGGGAGAGGAGGAGGCCCUGGGGGAAGACGGACACGUCGCACACAGCAGGGGUUCGGCCUUCACCGCUUCGGACAACCUCUCCCUGAGCUCCUGGGUGACCACCACGUCCGGCUUCACCGGCUUCCAGCACCCGCCGUCCCUGUCGGCCAUCGGCUCGGGCGCGGCCUCGUUGGGCAGCCCCCUGCCGCACCCCAUCCAGGGCUCCCUGCCCCCCUACAGCCGGCUGGGGGUGCCGCUGACGCCCUCCGCCCUGGCCGCCAGCUCCAUGCAGGGCAGCGGGCCCACCUUCCCCUCCUUCCACAUGCCCCGCUACCACCACUACUUCCAGCAGGGGCCCUACGCCGCCAUCCAGGGACUGCGCCACUCCUCCACCGUCAUGACGCCCUUCGUAUGACUGCCGUGAGCUCGGACGGAUGGACGGAGGGAUGGGGAUUGAGAAGGUGUGGAUGAGUGGAAGCUUGAUGCCAUGCUCUCAUUCUCAUUCACUCUGCCCUCUCUCUCUCUCUUUCUCACUGUCGCUCUGUCUCUCCUCUCGUCAUUAUCUAUCUUUUGCACACUCUUUGGUGAAUAUUCGCCAGAGUGCGCAUGCAGACCCAUCCACCCACACACGUGUGCGCGUGCACAGACACAGACACACACACACAUACAGUACACACACAGAUAAGAUAUGCCUAACACAGCAGCCUACACACUAGCAUACACACACGCAAAUGCAUACCUACAUACAGAUAAACCCACACUGUAAAAACAAAACCAUGGAUACAAUGACGCAAGUCCUUCAUGUAAAUAGCGCAAGCGUAUGAAUGGUUAAAAAAAGAGAACUGCCUUCUCUGUGACGCGGAACUGCCUCAGCAGUGCUCAGUCUAUAGUUGGAUCGUUGGGAGCGAACUAAAAGAGCGUGGACUUCCUUGUUGGAUUGUAAUGAAACUGUGGCGCGAGAGAGAGAGAGACAGAGCGGACUUCCUGGAUGCCGACCCAGGAUCUCGUAGAAGCACUAACAGAACUCACCUUGGCCUGGCUCCUCCUCUCCAGCUUUGUCUGAGGUGAGAGAGAAAAUGAUUGACAGCUGUUCACGAUGACCCACUUGGAUGGUCUCACUUUGUCUUUGUGAAGUGAAAAGCAUUCUCCUGCAGCCCCUUCCUCCCUCCCUCCCUUCCUCCUCCUCCUCCUCCUGCUUCAACAACUUCUUCUUUUCCAUGCCUUGUUGUCCUUCUCUGUCCUCCUCGCCCCUAAAUGCAUGCAAAGACAAAAAAAGAAAAGAAAAGACAAGCUUGAGGAUGCAGAGAAAAUUGCUGUGACAAGAACACAAACAGA